AUGACCGAGACAAGAAGGAAACUACCCGAGAUCGCCGGCAACACAGUAACUAUUUUAUUGGCCAAACAGGCAGAACAUCUUGUGGAUAGCCAUCGUGUCAAGGUCGUCGUCGUCGGCAGUGCGCCCAGGGGUGUCGCAGUUGCUAUAGCAAUUCUAUUCAAACGCCUCGCCUCCGAGCUCGUCCUCAUAGACGUGAACGAGGAUCUCGCUAAGGCGGAAGCAGAAGACAUCAGCCAUGCGGCGGCGUACCUCGGCAAUCCCCGGAUUGUCGGUACCAAAGAUUAUGCUUAUGCCAGAGACGCAGCGGUAUGCGUGAUCACAGUUGGAAGCCAGUCUCGUGAAGAUCAGCAGCCGGCCGAUUAUCUAGAGCAUAAUCUGAAAAUUUUUAAGGACGUCAUUCCGAACGUCUCCAAGUACGCGCCGAACAGCGUGCUUCUCAUUCUUUCGAAGCCAGUCGACAUUCUGUCGUACGUCGCUAUGAAGCUGUCUGGGUUUCCACCGAAUCGUGUUAUAGGACUAGGAACAUUUCUAGACAGCUGUAGAUUUCAGUAUUUUAUCGCUCAGAAACUCGGAAUUUCAGCAAGCGCGAUUCAAGCGUUAAUCAUUGGCGAGAGCGGACCGGCUUCUGUCCCGGUCUGGUCCACUGUUGCGGUAAUGGGUAUGCCUUUAAAAGAUAUAAACAAAGAGAUUGGCACAAAAACGGAUCCAGAAUCCUGGGGUGAUUUACACACGAAAGUUGUCGAUAGCGACAAUGACUUGAUCGUCAAGAAAGGCUAUCACAGCUGGGCAGUCGGAAUCUGUGCAGGCGAAAUUGUUGAUGCUAUCGUGCGCAAUACUUGCGCCUGUUUUACUGUCUCUACGUUCGUGAAGGGUUGCCGACACGGACUGGAAAAGGAUAUUUUUAUGUCAUUACCGUGUAUAGUAGGAAGAAACGGCGUACAGUCCUUUAUUCGUUUGUUGUAUACAUCUAAGGAGCAAGAAUUAAUGACGGUGUCUUGCCGAAGAAUUUAUGAGGCGCAAAAAUUGAUCCUCGACAAGAUUGAAUAA